CUAAGGGGCCAGUUAUAGCUAUCAGUAAAAUGCAUCAGUAAAAUUUGAAACAGGAGGAAUUUGAAAUGUUUUACUGAUGAGCGAUCAUAGCAAUCAGUAAAUUUACGUCAUUAAAUUAAAUGUCACUUUGAAGUUUCUAUUUGAAGAGUUCGUUUUGUUAUUCAUUUGUUUGUUAUCGUUUGUGCUUCUGUGAAAUUAAGUUGAUCUUAUCAUGGGUCGUGCAAAAAAUAAACAAAAUUUAUUGAUUGCAACAGCUUUGUGUAUAAUAAAUAAAAGAUCUUCUCAAAAAAUACGACGCUUUCAAGUACACCCGCUUUUCCAUGCUCGGAAGAUACAUGGCGAAUAUUUUUCACUUAUUGAGAGACUCGAGUUGUUCCCAAUUAAGUUUUUUGAGUACUUUCGGAUGAGCCGUCAGCAGUUCCAGUGUAUACUUUUAAAAAUACGAAGUGAUAUCCAGCCUAGAUUUAAUUUGUUUCGAAACGAUACCAUAAGUGCCAAGGAGAAACUUUGUUUGACUUUAAGAUUCCUCGCUACGGGAGCUAGUUUCGCGGACCUAUCUUUCCGAUUUUUGAUGGGAAAAACAACAGUCAGAUGGUGUAUAAUGCAGACUAUUCAGGCAAUCAACAAGCAUUUUACAGACUUGGUUAUGCGAGUCCCCGAAAGCCCCAGUUUUUGGAAAGAAAUUUCUUUGGAUUUUUUGUCAAACUGGAAUUUUCCCAACUGUCUUGGAGCUGUUGAUGGAAAGCAUGUGAAAAUGUUUGCCCCAAGAAAGUCCGGCAGUUUCAAUUUCAAUUAUAAAAAAUGCUUCUCAACAAUUCUGAUGGCAGUUGUUGAUGCAAAUUACAAAUUUAUUAUGGUAAGCAUUGGAGCCCACGGAUCUAACGCAGACUCGACUGUUUUUGCUUCAUCUAACUUUGGAAAAGCUUGGCUAAGCAACCCAAAGUCAUUAUUUGUUCCUGCUGACCAAAAAUUGCCAAGCACAGAAAAUUGUCUACCCUUCGUUCUUGUGGGAGACGAAGCAUUUGGCCUCCGAUAUAAUUUGAUGACUCCCUUCCCAGGUUCUCAUUUGACCACCAAGCAAAGGAUUUUUAACUACAGACUCUCGAGAGCAAGGCGAAUUGUGGAAAGCACAUUUGGUAUUUUAGCCCACACUUGGAGAGUUCUGAUAAAACCUCUCGAAAUUCAAAUGGAUCUGGCAAAACCCCUAAUUCUUUGCUGCUGCGUGCUGCACAAUUUUUUGCAGAAUGAAAAAGAACACUUGAAUCCUUCCCAUUUUCAAGAUGAAUUUUCAGCGCAGUUGGUGGAUCAGGAUGCAAGAAAUGCCGAACCAGCAUCGAUGGCUGUUAAUAUCAGAAACGCAUUUUCUGACUGGCUUGUGACGGAGGGAAACCUUGAUUACCAGUGGGAGAGAAUUUAA